AUGCUAGAGUGGGCCUACGACGGUGUAAAUAGUUCUAUUCCUCGAAACAGAGGACCAGAAUGUGUUGGGUACUUAUCACCAACUUACAGAUUUAUAGAAACCCUUGGUGUGUCCAUGCUGACUAUUUUCUUGAUGGUAAAAGGAUAUAAAAGUAUAAGUCUGCCUAAAAAUGUUAAGUAUGUUAAUCAAGACAGGACGGGGAAGAAAGUAUUGUUAAUUAUAAUGUCAAUGGUACUUGGCUGUGAGAUUGGUUUCAAGAUAACCAGUCGUACUCUUGUUUAUAUAUUAAAUCCUUGUCAUAUUACAACGGCAAUACAAUUAUAUUUAUUGGCUGCUAAACCUAGUCCCAUGGUCACUGCGCUAUUUAGGAUACAAAUGAACCUCAUGAAUGGGCCUAUACUUGCGUAUUUGUUUCCUGAAACUGAAUCUCGUAAAGCAAUGUACUACUUACAACACGGCCUAAUGUUAGUAAUUCCAUACUAUUUAACGCGGAUUGGUGGAGUUUAUAGCGUCGAACCAUUAUCAGAUUUUAAUUGGAGUGUUCUUGCGUACGGAUGUAAUCUUGCUUAUCACUGGUGGAUCUUACAACUGGCUGCUUUGCCCGUACAAGUUAAUCUGAGCCAUAUCUUGUGUCCAGCGAUGUUGGAUCCAUUUGAAGGAAGAUUCUAUCGACUGUGUGCAGUUGUUCAUGAAGGCUUAUUGUGCCCACUGCUUGCGAAGCUUCUUCACUUAAUUUUUAAUUAUUUCCUCACGGUGUUUCCAGUGACUAAAGUCAAGUCUUGCAUCAAUCACACCAUCGAGCAUAAGUUUCCACAAAGCGAGUGCAGUGAUGAAGACUCGAACUCAAAAGAGCGUAAAAAUGGAGAUUUACAUGUCGAAUAG